AUGAAGGGGUAACUGCAGCCCAGGCGACUUGUCCUACAGACAGCAGAGCUGUGGAGGGUGACCCUGUCUGUGUCUGUCAUCACCUAGAAAUCCUUGUAUAAGGAUGGGGAAUGGGACCCUUUGCACACUGGCUGGGGCUUUCAACAGGGGUGACACUUGCUGUCGCUUGAGUUUGCUUUUAUAAUCAGCAAGAAAUCCUGAAUUCUCUGGUCGGCAGACUUUUGUUGACUCUUGAUAUGGAGCCGGGUUGACACUGGAUAGUCUCUGUGUUAAACGUGAAGGGAUUCGAAUGUGGAUUAGAAUGCUGAUGAGGAGCACUUGAGCUUUGGAACGUAGAGCUCUGGAGCCAGAGCACGUGGACAUGUUUGGUUUCUCCAAGAUGCCAAAGCUGUCCAGCCAUAGGAAUAAAACGUCAGGCUGGCCACCCCCUGGCCCAGGCUCCUGGGGUGGACUGCAGGGGCCUCCAUACAGUUGGGACAGCAUGAAUAACGCCAGUGAUGGACGGGACUUUCUCACCAACCAAGGGUCCCAGAGCAGCUCCCUGGAGGAGGUCCUCCUGGAUGGAUUUCCCCCGGCCCCUCGUCUGGUAGAGAUGCGACGAGACCCGGUCCUGGGCUUUGGCUUUGUGGCGGGCAGUGAGAAACCAGUGGUGGUCCGCUCUGUCACACCAGGUGGUCCGUCGGAGGGGAAGCUGCUGGCAGGUGAUGAGAUCAUCAUGAUCAAUGAUGAACCUGUCAGCUCAGCUCCUAGAGAACGAGUCAUCGAUCUCGUCAGGAGCUGCAAGGAAUCCAUCAUGCUGACAGUUGUUCAACCGUAUCCUUCCCCUAAAUCAGCAUUCAUCAGUGCAGCCAAAAAAGCCAUGCUCAAGUCCAAUCCGGUCAAAGUGCGCUUUGCUGAGGAGGUCAUUAUAAACGGCCAGGUUCCAAACCCGGUGAAGGACAACUCUCUUCUGUUCAUGCCAAAUGUCCUGAAGGUCUACCUUGAGAAUGGGCAGACAAAGUCUUUUCGCUUCGACAGCAGUACCUCCAUCAAGGAAGUGGUCCUGACUCUGCAAGAGAAGCUUUCAAUCAGAUGCAUUGAGCACUUUUCUCUCGCUUUGGAGCAGAGGACUGAAGGCUCUGGAAGCAAACUGCUUCUCCUGCAUGAACAGGAGAUGCUUACUCAGGUGACUCAGAGACCCGGCUCUGACAAGAUGAAGUGUUUUUUUAGGAUCACUUUCAUGCCCAGGGACCCAGUGGAGCUGCUCCGGAGGGAUGCUGUGGCGUUUGAAUACCUUUAUGUUCAGAGUUGCAACGAUGUAGUUUUAGAGCGAUUCGGUCCAGAGCUGAAGUAUGACGCAGCAUUGCGAUUGGCUGCUCUGCAGAUGUACAUCCUCUCCAUGACGACAAGACAGAGCCAGAAGGUCUCUCUUAAAUAUAUCCAAAAGGAGUGGGGUCUGUCACUGUUUCUGCCUCCAACUGUGCUGUCCAGCAUGAAGGAAAAAAACAUCAAGAAGGCUCUGACUCACAUCCUCAAAACCAACCAGAACCUUGUGCCUCUGGGGAAAAAACUCACUGCUUUGCAGGCUAAGGUGCAUUACCUGAGGUACCUCAGUGAGCUCAAACUCUACGGAGGGCGGGAGUUUAAAUCGAUCCUUUUGCAAGGUGAGAAACAGACUGAGGUGAUGUUGUUAGUAGGCCCGCGGUACGGAAUCAGCCAUGUCAUCAAUGCCCGGACCAACCUCGUGGCCCUGUUGGCCGACUUCAGCCACGUCAACCGCAUCGAGAUCCUCACUGAAGAUGAGACCAACGUCCGACUUGAGCUUCAUGUUCUGGAUGUCAGGCCCAUCACACUGAUCAUGGAGUCAAGUGAUGCAAUGAACCUUGCUUGUCUAACAGCAGGCUACUAUCGCCUCCUAGUGGACUCCAGGAGAUCUAUUUUCAACAUGGCCAGUUGCAAUAGCACAGGAGGGGAUGAUACUGGUCAAGAUCGUAUCCUGGAGUGGCCGUACAGCACAUCUCUGGGGGACAACGAGGAGCCAUCCCAGGGAGUGGUCUACAACAGGGAGUUCUCAGACAACAAUCAGAGGGAAAAUAGCAUUUCUCCUUAUUUCCAAGAACCCCCAAACCCAGACAGCAACUUUGAGGCACAAAGAAAUCUGGUGCCACCUCCUUUACCCCCUGCCAGACACAAAACUCAAGACUCACCUCGGAGUGCCAAAGUGUCUUUCAUUUUUGGGGGAAACCCACCACUGAACAGACCUAAGAACUUAGGAUAUGAAGGACUGUCAGAGAGCCCAGAGCUGUUAGAGACCAGACCACCAUAUCUGCACAACAACAGUGACCGAGGGUCGUUCCAGUUCGGCGAUUUAACACACGUCUAUAGCAACAUAAUAACCGAAGAAGGUGGCGAGGAGCCGGUACUUAGGGAUCUGUUUUAUCGUGAUACCACUGAUGACGCAGAAGAUGACGAUGAUGCGUCUUGUGAGGAAGACUCCACCGGUGGAACACCGGUGGGGGAAAAAAGACAAGAGGGAGAUGCAGACAGCAGCAACCAAGGGGGCGGGUUGCCCACGGCGGCUAGCAAAGCGACUUUUCUCAAGCUUUCAGGUUCUACUGAUGACAUCAUCGACCUGACGUCGUUACCUCCUCCUGAGGGAGAUGACGGCGUUGACGAGGAUGAGGACGACGCUCUUCUGCAGAGGCUCAACCUUGCAAUUGCGGCUCCUCCACCAGGGUUUCGAGACAGUUCGGAUGAGGAUGCGGCCCCGGAGGGAAGGCCACUGAGCACACGUGACAAUGAUGAUAUUCCAGUAUCAUUAAUUGAUGCUAUUUCGACUCACGGGGAGGGAGAAGGGGAAGGGAGCAGAGGAGGGGAAAGAAGGCUGGAGAAUGAAGUCAUGGAUACUUUACAAGCACUGGCAGAUCUGUCAGUUAGUGAACAGAGACCACCACCACCGCCUCCUGGCAGGAACAAUCCAGGUGUUUACAUAUCUCAUGGCUUCAGCCCAGAGUCAUCCUCAGAUUCUGGCAAUGAGACCAACUCUUCAGAGAUGACCGAAAUCUCCGAACUAGCUGCUACUCACCGGCUCAGCGAGAGUCACAUGCGUCUCCUGGUGGCCACAAAGGAAGGAUACCAACCUUUACUUGAGGAAAAAACCGAGUUUCCAGUCUCACCCAAUACGUGUGGCACGAUUGAGAAGAAGCGGCGUAGUCCAACACGUCACCUUCAGCCUCCGGCGGUUCCUCCGAGACGGAGCCCACAUUUGGACACAACGUCAUCUGGGCCAGACACACAAGAUAUGAGGUCUCAGACUCAUCUUUCAGCCAGCCUCCAGCGUCCAAGUUCCACCACACCAGGAGGAAAGCACCAUAAAAAAUCUGCAGACUCUGGAGGAAAGUACAAUACCUUCAGCACAAGGGAAGGACAUCGAGGUGAAAGCAGCGACAGGCGCAGCUGUUUUGACUUAGACCAGCGCACUUCGUUCUGUGAGCAAGAUGAAAGUCAGAGGAGACAAAAUUCUUUUUUAGCUGACAAUUCCGUAAGCGAGGACAUCACAGUGAACAGCCUGCAUCGCAACCUCCGCAGAAAUGCCCGCCCUUUGUCCACCAUUUCUGAUCGCUUCUUAGACGUUGUCAGCAUGGGGAACUGUGCUGCAGAUGGCAGCUCUGCAGCUGAAGAUGAACAUCUAGUUGUAGCAUCGCUGUUGUCCCCAUCCAAAAAUCCCAGAUCAGGGGGUUCGGACCAGGGCUCAGACAUACAAAGUGACCAUCAGACAAUUUCGAGACAGCAGAGUGUUGCAAGGUUGUGUGAGUACCACUUAGCGAAAAGAAUCUCGAAUUUGCAAGGAGAAGCCCUCAGUUCACUGCAGGGAUCUCUGUGCUCAUCACUGGAUGCAGGUGGCAGCACCAACAGCAGUGCCUGUGGCACACCAACUGACUCCCCUCUCGGCCCCAGCGCGAUUGAAUCCAAACACCACCAUUUGCAAAGACACCCGCUUUCUAGUUCUUCUUCCUCUCUGUUAAGAGUGCUAAACUGUGAGGAAAACAAACCUGGAGUUCCUCAGGGAAAAGACCUCCAUCCUCAUGCAGACCCUGCCCUUCUUCGGAAAAUGCUUCCAAACAUUCACCCCCCUCUAUCAGGGACAGAACCUGGCCGACCCUCCUCAGCUACACCAUCUAAGCAUAAGGAGACUGCAGGGACUAGAAGUAAGAAGCCCCACAAUGAUGUGCAUGCUAAACAACAUGCAGGUUUUAAGGGGCUUAACCCAAAGGAAGGCAGCGAAGCUUACAGACAGCUGAUUAACUAUCUAACAGUCAGCCAGAUGCAUCAGGGAGGGAAGCUGCACAGUGCAGGCAUGGGAGGGGCAGUGAAAAAGGAUUCCAGGCGCUUCAUCACUAGCAACCCUCAGCUUGUUGAAAUGGUUAAGAAUAGGGGCAACAACGCUGCUCGCUGUCCAUAUAUGCCUUCUUCCAUAUCAUCCCCAUUCCUCAGUCCAAAUUUAGUCACGCCUCAUGCAGCCUCCUUGCAGCUAGCAAAUAGAAGUCAACACUCUUACCACUCUGCAACACUUCCUGCCAAACUCAAAAGAAGCCCUGAUGUGCAUGUUCAAAGACAAAAUGAAAGUUUAGAUUUCAGGCAAGCUACUGCUGAAAGGAGAAGCUCCUUUUCCGGCCUGGAAAGUGAGCUGAGUAGGAGUGGCAUGGAUCCUGAGCAGUUUCUGUCACUCUGUAAAAGAGAGGACUUUUUUAACCGGAAUGGGGGAUUGAAUCAGAGCAGAAAUCGUGAUGUUGAAAGUACAAACACCUGCCCCCCACCUCGAUCAAGAAGCCAACCUGGUGGCAGUACAGAGGACUGGUUCAAGUCAGAGCUGAGAGCCAAGCAUGCAGGUCGUCAGUCGUAUCCACGUCCCAGUGAUUCUCUUUGUUUUUCUGCUGCUCCCAGUUUGAGUGGCCAAUGUGCAGACCUCAGUGCCAUCUCGAUAGGAAAAGGAGACCACCCUUCUGCUUUCAUCCGGCAGGCAUCAAGUAGCUCAAGAGCUUGCAUUGCUUCCCCAGCAGCCAACUCGCAAUCUGCACCUCCUCCACCACCUCCACCACCACCUCCUUUAUCUUUGCCUCCGCAGGGUAACGCUAGCUCCAGCAACUCAGGAUGCCUGCAAGAUUCUACCCAUUCCAUCCAGUCUCGGCAGAAUCAGAACCACAUUCACGCCACCACCUCGACCCUGCCACUGAUGGACCCCUUCGGCAGUAACAUGCAGCGGGGCAGGGAGCUCAAACGAAGCUCCAGCAAUGUUACUGCCAGUUCUGGGAGUGUGGAGGUUCUGUUUGAUAAGCCCACACGGAGCCGGAGCCAGCAGCCUUUGUCACCACCAGUGUCCCAACAAGGUGACAACAAAGCCCAACGGAGACCAACAAGGAAACGUCUCUCAAAGAGCUAUUCCCAAGGCUCUGUGUUCUCCCACACGGCGUGUUGGUCUACAGGAAGUGGAGUAGACAGCAGAAGGGCAUCUGUCGCUUUUCCAUUACAGAAAGACUCAAAACAUACAAAGGGCUCUCAGAAACUGGACACCAGCCCUUGGAGAUGCAACGGGCCCUUUAGCUACUGUUUCUUUAAACGUAAAUGUGAAGGAGAAGAAGAUGACAUUGAGUGGGAGAGGCCUAGAGGAAGCCGUGGGGGAGGGAGUAUGGACAAUGAUGGUGGUGCUGCUUCUGGCAUAUCCCUCUGCAGCUCAGCAGUAGACAUUGUAGGGGAACAGCUGUAUGGAGAGGUCCUCAAUAACAUGAGUUUUAGUGACCGUCUGGCACGAAUCAACGCUCUCAAGGACCACAUGUACAGCUUUCCUUCUGGUUUCACUGAUGUCCGCCGCGACGCCAGCGAACUCAUUGCAUUGGUGAGAUCCAGCAUAGGCCGAUGUGACCGUGGAGUCCAGAUGCCCAUCCAAGACGUCUCCCAGUACAAACAGCUCCUGUCCAUUGAGUCGAAAGAAUUAGGCCGGGCAUGCCGUAGGAUGGCGCAGGCCCACAGUAGUCCAGACGAAAUGCUGCUAGCUGUAACAUGUAGCUUUCAGGUGCUAUGCUGCCUCUGCGAAGCUUGUAUGUGUCUGGUUAGGGGCCUCGGAGCCUCUGCCUCGUACCAACAAAGAGAGGUGGUGGCAAAAGUUGACGAGGUUGUCAUGAACUAUAUCUGUUUGCUCAAAGCAGCCGAGGCUGCCACCGUAGGAGCACCAGGGGAGAACAGCGUCAAAGCCUUGGUCCGCCACUCCAGCACUAUGUCGGCUAUUGCUAACGCACUCACCCGCUCCCUUAAAACGCUGCUAAGCAAGUAGAGGCUAUUCCUAAUGCUUUAUAGUGUGGCCUACGCAGUCAGUAGAAGCCUGUCUUUAAGCAUCUUUCUGUUUUUGAGUUGUCUGGAAGAGUCAUUUAUAUUUUUAUAUUGCAUCUAGGUGGUCUUUAUAUCAAAAUAUUUAAAAAAGUGUAAAACUUCUUGCAGUUAGACUUAGUAUUAAAACUACAUAACACUGAAGAGAUUACAAAGAUGCUAAAAGAAAGUCAUCUGACUGUACUUGCUUUUUCUGAUGACAUUAUCAUGAUGUAUAUAAACAAAGCCAUACCGUCACAGAUCUUUGUAACAUAUGUACCUAAUAGAUAUUAUACCCUUUUACCUGUGCAUCAUGUAACUUAUUCAAAGUAUAUGUAAUGUACAUAACUACAAUAUAAUUAUAAUCUUUGCAGUAGCAGUUUCAAGAAGCCAUGCAAUACUCAGCUUAAUUUUGCUUUGAUGUUGUUGCAGUGCUACAGUGAAUUUACUUUCAGUUCAUGAGGUGCAGUUUUACUACGGAUGUCUUCUACCGAUUGGUGAUAAAAAUGUAUCGUAGAGCUCUACAUAAAAGUGUGUCGCUGUCAGUCCAGUGAGGAAACAGUUGCAUUAUUUUCUCAUGUCAAUAUUAAGUUAGUAAGCUAGAUCUCUGACAGACUGUAAAAGUGAACUGACUUAAAUACUGUUGCACACAAAGGUUAUUAUUAUUUAUUUAUAUUUUUUGCAAUUCAACAGGAUGAUCAAAUAUUGUUAUAACAUUGCAUUGACCACUUUGUCAUAUCUUUUAUCAUAAUCAGAAAAUAAUGACAUAUGAACAAUCUCCACAAGUAACAAGACAUAUUAAACUACAGUAAUAUAAUAACAAUUUCCUAAACUGAACUGUGUCAAAAUUAUCUUAAAUUUAUUUUUUCCGUGUUUUGUUAUCUGCUUUGGGAUAUGUUUUGUGCUUGAAUGCUGUAAUAUUUCUCACAGUGUAUCAGGAUGCAUUUCAAUUAGAUAAAAUCCUGGGUUUUAUUUUCAAUAAUCUUACAACCUAUUAAAAGAUCUUUUACAGAU